AUCAACAACUGCAACGAACCCCAAUGAGCACCCAUGGCGCAGACUGCAUUGGCAAGAGGCGUGCCACUGGGGCUCGUGCCCUCGCCCUGGCUGGUGGAUGCGCCAAGCCUCCGGUCGAAGGCAAAGACUCCUUCGCCCGCCUGCGAGGAGGCGCGGCGCUUGCUUCAGCAUGGCGCAGGCCGCGCGGCGGCGCAGAAGCUGCUGCUGCGUGGGGCCAGCGCGACCAGCCAGGCGGAGCAAGAGGAUGUGGUGGAGGGGUUGAACCUGGUGGCCUUCGCCUGCGGCGUGGCCUCAGAGCGGGCCAGUCUUCAGAACCUCCUUCGCGAGGUGGCCUCGCUCCUUGGCCCGCUCCGGCGGCAGUCGGUGGAUCCGGUACAUGUGCCUCGAAUCUCAGAGCUGGUGGCUGCGCUACUGUCGCUGGAGGCCGAUGAAAGCUUAGCGCAGGAGGUCGCCGGCCUUUGCAAGCGCGAGGGCCCCGGAAGGCUCCCCUUGGUGCCAAGCCUGCAAGCUGCGCAGCAGGCGGCCAGUGCCCAGUUCAUUGGCCAGAAGCAGCGUUUGAGGCUGGCCUUCGAGCUCAUUGACCAGGUGAAGGCGGCGCCAGGGAUGCCAGACUGGCCAGGGCCAUAUGCCCUGGCACAGCUGUUGGCCGGCUGCGCGUUGGCCGGCGCCGCCUUCCGGCGCCCGGCUCGGAAGCUGACGAAGGCGCUCCAGAAGCAGUGCUGCUUGGGAGUGACCCUGCAGUCCGAGCCUGGACUCUUGGCGUUCAGCCAGACUCUGGACGUGGCCCAUCGUGGUUCCACGCCCGGGUUGGCCAUGGCGCGUGCCCAGCGCGCGCACCGCGCGCCGCGGCGUGCCUGCGUGGCUGUGGUUUUGCUGCUUUCGGGAGUGGCCUUCGUGGCAGCAGGUGCUCGCCAUAGUCCACCCACUGCCACAGCUGCCAGUGCAGCUGCAGCUGCAGGUGUUGUGUCCGUUGUGUCCACGCCAGCAUCAGCUGAGACAUUCUCCUUGCUGGGAAGCUUGGAGAUGAAGUUCAGAAAAAGUUCCGCCGAGCUCUUUCCCAUCGCCAAUGCCGCGCCGCUCGUGACGCGGCGGAGUUGGCGGGACGAGGGGGGGAAGGUCACCUGGCUGCUUUUGAUCUUCUUCCCAAGCUGGGAGCAUUUGCCCAAAGCAGCCCUGGCGGCUCCGGUCUUCAACGCGGUGCUCUACGUGGCAGCGAUUGGCCACCUGGACUGCGGUGCAGAGAUGGAGCCGGAGUGCAUCAAGAUCACCCAAAUGAAGGGAGAUGCGAAGCAAUCUCUCAUGGAUUCAUGCUUCCUGCUGACGCACCCCGACCCGGAGGCCGCCUCGGUGGACCUCACCAGCCUCGACGGCAUCGUGGCGGCCUUUCGGAACCCCGACGGCGUCUUCGCCGGCGCCGCGGACGGCAACCGGCAAAGCGGUGCGACCCGUGUGCGGCGGCAGGAGGUGGGAGGAUGGCUGCACUAUUGCGUCUUCGAUCCUUUGGUCGGCUUGGGUGAAGUGCUGGACAGUCAGCAGCAGAAGGUGCCCCACUUCCUGGUGGUGCCAUGCGUGAUUUUGACCUUGCUCUUCGGACCCAUGGGUUUUCUCUCCUACCUCACCGUGCGGACGGUGUACCUGGCGAGCAAGCCUGCCUGA